CCAGAGAAAGUCUGUCUAUCGUUUCCAUGGUAACUUUAAUGUCAUCAUAACUUGGCCAUCAGUCUUUGGGCGUAUGUUUGAUGACAAUUUUAUAGCAACGACUUCAAGAGAAUGGUAGUAUUAAACCAUUAAAGUAUAAGUGCUGAAACUGUUUCCAGUCACUCUAAGACCGUUCAACAAUCAAAGUACGAACUUAAGAUUUCUAUGAGGUGAUAGCUGGAAUCGACUAUCACUUCAUACAAAUAGAAAGCGAAUAAUCUCAUUGUUUUAGCAGAAUAGUAUAUAAAUUUCCUUCAAAUAACGCUUCCAAUUCUACAGAAACUCGAUAGAAACACUCCCUAGAGAAUGUGUUCUAUGAGGGUCUAUUUUGCUCCGGCGGUUUGGCGGUUUAAGCCAAUUUCGAGUGCCGGUUUUUAGGUACAGUCACAUUUAACUCGCAGUUUACGGUUAAGAAAUUAUCGCGUGGUUGCGGAAAAUCAUAAACUUUGCUCGCUGUUUUCGGUUUUUCGCGUGUUUUUGUGGCAGUCAUUCAAACAUGUCGAGCAAUGUUUGUGUUUUUGUGAACAGCCCAUUAGACGUCAAAACGUUUUGUUCGCUGGUUACUGAAUGGAGGAGAAAACGAUUAUUGAGCUAACAUAUCGUAAUGAAUUUGUUACGUACUGUUAAAAUAUCGGUCAUGAUGAUAAUCGUCCCAAUAGGGCGGUUUCAGUUUUUUUAAGAGGAACGAAAGCACCCUGCGGUUUCCAAUGAGAAAAAUAUGGUGGUUAAGAAAUGUACGACCCCCUAUAAUAGACCCUCUUCUUUUUUGUUAAUUCUCAGGCUUGCUCUCGCCAUCAUUGCGUCAACAGCUCGCGUGCGCGCUAUUUCUGUGUUUCUUCCGAGUUUUAUAGAAGGUCUGGUACAGCUUUGGAAUAGCUCUUAGCGCGCCUUUUCUUCCAAGGUGUUUUUUGUUUACUUUACAAUAAAGAUGUAGAUAUAUUAUCCAUUUCAUGUGCAUACUAACUGCAGGCACGUUUUUUAAAGGCAAUUCAUUUUCAAAGCCUUUACGCGAUAUUCCUGUGGCAAACGUUCACGUUUUCAUGCAGUUAUCAUGCAAGCUCCAUUUACUUCGGAACAUGUAAAACAUAACUCGACUUUUAUUUCAGUGUAAAGGCUGGUUAUCGAUGAGUUAAAAAUUUUGUCAAAAAUGUGGUAAUAUUGGAAAUGGUUUAUGUAUUUAAUUCAAAUCAUUCAUAGACCUUCAUUUGAAGUUCGUGUCAUUUGUUUCUGUCAUGAAAUUUUAAUCACAUGACUUACUUCCAUAAAUUGAUUUACGAGUAUUUUACAUGACUGUCCCAAAUAAGUUAAAUAAUGAAAAAAUCAUUAGUAUGCAAAAGAAUGAUACCUAAUUCAAGCAAGUUGAUUCUUGGAGUCCAUUGUGUGUUCCGGCUUAUUAGUCUGUAACCGUUAACUACCACGCUAAACUCAUGUUUUCUUAAUCAACAUGCUGAUAUAAUAUAAAUGCAGAUUUUAGUAUAUUUCUUUAGACUCAUGCGGAAAAAUCAAAUAAAACGUUAGGGAUAUUUUCGUCUUUUUUUUCUGUUUAGUAGAGACAGCUUAUCGGAGUGGUUAGGGCGCCGGACUUGAAAUUCAGAUGUCGCGUGUUCAAGUUCCACUCUGACCACUAAGUUACAUUUGCUUCUCGGUAGACAUCGUUCAACUCCUCGGUUACUUGUCUCUUAGCCAACUGGUCUGUCUCCCCGCGCACGGCACCAGUUUAGGAUUUUUUAAAAAGCCUAUUAUGUUUAUCCUGUUUAUUUGAAAUAUUUGUUUCUAGAACCAACUAGGUGUAGCUAAGCACAUUCAUCCAUCAUUAAAGAAUUAUUUUUCAGUUUUGUUCAGUGAAGACCUGAAGAUGGACCCGCUUCUCAAAACAGCAGUUCUCCGUAGUCUUGGCUUCUAAGUGCGGAGCAUACGCGUCAACGGACUGAUUUUACCAAGGCAACUAGAAGUGAUUGGAGACUGAAGUCUGUCAUCCACGGAUUAAAAAGCUGAGGAGACAGCAAAAUGAUAUCCUCUUGACGCCUUUAUUUUGCAAGAAAAAGAAAUAGUGCCACCUGCCUCAUUGCCUCAUUAUCAAAUAUUCAAAAUUCUCUUUAAAUGCAGCUUUCUGUAUUUUGUUAGGAAUUUACGAAGUAAAGAUCGCAUAACAUGUUAGGAUUGUUUCCUUUUUUCUGUUCAGCUGAUGAAGGUGUAAACGGACCUGAAGAUGGACCCGCUUAUCAAAACAGCGAUUCUCCGGACUCUUGGCUUCUUGCUGUGGGCCUUGCUCAGUGCCUGGUUAUUUGUUAUAGUAGAGUACACCGAAAAAGAUGAUAGGCAAGAAAAGUAUCAGUUACUAUAUUCCCUCUACCAGUUCCUGGCAUCUAAAUAUAACAUGAGCCUCGAGGAAUUUAAUAACAUUUCCAGCAUAGCAUAUGAGGCAUUGAGCGAACCUAAACCACAAUGGACCUAUGAUAUUGCGGUCAAUUUCGUCUGGCAAGCUUUAACUACAAUUGGUUAUGGAUGGAUCACUCCUCAAACACCUACUGGCCAGAUAUUGUGCAUUUUUGUCUCUUUGCUUGGUAUCCCCAUCACACUGCUCGCGUUUAAAUCUAUCGGCGAACUCAUUGCCAAAUGGGUGAACACAAUUGUCUCCAAGUUCGAAAAGAAAAUCCUCAAGAGGUUGGAACCGAAGCACAUGAAAACUAAGGGUGCUGUGAUCUUGUUUUCGACAAUGAUAUCCUUAAUUGCCUUAAAUAGUGUGUUGCUAAUGUAUCACACAGACUGGACACUCGUGGAGAGAGUUUAUUACUGCUUCAUAACAUUUACAACAAUCGGUUUUGGUGACUACGUUGUUGAGAAACCCCAGCAAAGGAGCACUAAGUUGUCCUUAAAUAGCUCUGUAUAUCAAGAAAGCCAUGAAUCACUCAACGAGGAACAAACCGCGCUUGAGAUUUUCGUUGAACUUUUCUUUACGUUUUACACUAUAUUUACUUUGUGCAUUGUCUCGAGUGUAUUAAACGCCAUCAUGGCUGUUAUAGAAGAAAGGAGAUGUCGCCCGCGAUGUCCCGGAUGCGUUCCUCGAAAAACCCAGGACACAGGAGACAAUGAUGUUCCAUAUUCUGACGCUCCAAAGCAGCGUGAAACUAACCCCACUUAUUUAUGCAUGGAAAAUUAUGGACUCCAGAAGGAUAGCAUGAUAUCACUCUCAGUAACUGAACUUAAGUGAGAGCACUCGCGGAUAAGAAAGGUUUAUACACAACAACGCGAAGUUUGAUUCUGCAAAAGUGAACAAGUAAAAGACGAUAGCCAAAAAUGUGCAGAUAAAAUAAUUCAAAUGCUCAAAGUAUAGCAUCUAUGCUAUACUGACUAAUAAUGUAGCUAUUUGCCUCCUAGAAGGUCAUUUCUAACUGUUUACCUGACACGCCAGAAGAACAAUAGACAGAAGCAUACCACCCAUGUAGAAGACCAACAUCAUACCCAAAAGAAAUCAUUUCCCGCGUAUGAUCGAGUAGCGGAAACUGAAAUAUGAAACCGAUCUUUCCAAGCAAUGUAAAUCAAGCGACCGCCAAAUCCAGGCCGGAUCCAGUGCUGAGAAACAACUAAAUCCGGAAUCGGUCCACAAGGCCAUGUCUAGUAAAUCCACUUCAGUCAGUCCUGAAGAAGGUUGUGUUUGGAUGACUGUUCUGCUAGUUUUACCUUGCUUCUGCCCAUAUCAGGACGUUAAAAUGUUGGCCUUUUUUUAAAAUUUUCAUGUGCAUUAUACAGAUGAAGGAGAAACAGUUACAAAAAAUAUGUAAUAAAGGCAAUUCAGCAUAUUCUCGGUGUACGAAGCAUCUGCUUUUCUGCCGUAAGAAGACCUGAUAAUGUGUAAUUGUGCACGCGCUUUAAUUUUAAAGAACUUUAUGUAGGCUGGAACAAAUCCAUCAGUGUAGAGUUAGAAAACUAAUACUAAGACAUUUAUUAUGCAGACUCCGUAGAGGGGUUUCCGUAGUGAUGCUUUCGAAACUGUAAAUGUAUCGCUUUUAGAUAGAUAAUACCGAUAGAGAAGUAACAAUAACCCGUGACAUGGUGCGCAUUGUACAAAGACAAAGAAUGAUGCUUGUUUGCCAUCUUUCUAGCCCAUGUCAGUCCUUCGCGUUUUGGUAGGUAGAAAGGUUCACCCGAGCCAGGCUCGAAGCAAGUCUAUAUUUUUAGAACUCUAAACGGUGAUUCAGUCCGGGCUAAGAAUCAACCUGGAUCGUGUAAAGAGGUGCCAAACUCACCGAAAAAAAUAAAAAGUCGUAGAAAUGGGUGAAAAUAAAGUUUUGAACAACAACCGAAGAAAUUUAUACCGUAAUGCCAUUUUGUAUUGAUAAAAUUAUUUUUAAUAGUUUAAGACACCAGUAGCAUCAUGUAACAACAGGGUAACUUGGUUUUAACUUCUUUGAGGGUCCAACAUCGGGUGGCGGGAUGCGGGAUAAGAACACUUGGGCGGGAGCGGGAUUUGCCCAUAUUGACAGGCGGGAUGCGGGAUAGUUUUGAAAUUGACGGUGGGAUGCGGGAAGAAAAACCGAAAAUCACACUUUACGAACGUUAGUCAGAGAACUGCUACUCUAACCAGGCAGGAUUGGGAUCAAAUACAUUCUGAGUAGGGCGGGAUGGCGGGAUUGAGCUAAAGAGUCUCGGGAUGCGGGAUUGAAAAACCUAUUUUCGCACCGGGAAAUCAUUUUUGUAUUCAUUUUCUAUGUUGGAGUACGGGGUAAACGACCUCAGUCAAGAGAAAUGGUCUCUUGCCUCAGUAUCAUCAUUAGCAAUAGCAUCUGACCUGCUCAUUAAACGUUUCCUGGUGACUGAGCUUGAAUGCAAGUGAAUAUUCUAUUUUAAAAGAUUCUAUUAAUUUGGCACGUAGCGGUAGGGGUACUGUUAAAAACUCAUUACGUAGCAGCUGUAUAGGCACAUUCGAGAUAUUUGUUUUCAGACAUUUCGCCAACAAAUUAUACCUCUCUUUCAUAGUUCCCGGCUAAACUAAAAUAAGUUUAAUCUGUCUGAGAAAGUCAUUAUGCAUUUUUCCAGCGGGGUUUCACAAGCCAUCACUACACACUCAAUGAUGAUUGGUUCUUUGCCAAUUUGCAUACCUUCAAGGCAUAAAAAAGUUUAUUAGAAGAUAGCUGUUAAUACCCAGACAGCGAGAAAAUAAACAGCGUUGUCAAGAGCUAUGCUAAAUG